ACCAGAGAGAUUUUCUCUUUGCCACUAUGCUUAAUCGAUAAUGUCACAAAACGUGGGACACGAAAAAGUAUUGCAUAUCAAGUCUAUUCUGUAUCUAGACUAUGCUCAUACUUCAGUAUGCAAAGUCUGCGCGUCCUCUAGAGAUAAAAUUUGAAAUCGUGUACAAUUACUGACAAACAUAUUAAGCAAUUCUUUUAUGAUACCGCCAUUUUGGAUCAGAGCUACACGCAAACGUUGUAUAUGUUGUGACAAGCCAAGUUCUUGCAUGCUUCACAAAACAUUGAGUCUUACUGUUUAGAAAUACUAACAGACGACGAAGAAUGGCAGAAUAUCUGGCAUCAAUUUUCGGUACAGAGAAAGACAAAGUAAAUUGUUCAUUUUAUUUCAAAAUCGGUGCCUGUCGACAUGGGGAUAGAUGCUCUCGAAUUCAUAACAAGCCAACUUUUAGUCAGACAUGUCUGUUGCAAAACCUUUACGUAAACCCUCAAAAUUCAGCAAAAAGUGCAGAUGGAUCUCAUCUGGUGGCAAACGUCUCUGAUGAAGAAAUGCAGGAACAUUAUGACAAUUUUUUUGAAGAUGUCUUUGUUGAAUGUGAAGAUAAAUAUGGUGAAAUAGAAGAAAUGAAUGUGUGUGAUAAUCUUGGGGAUCACUUAGUUGGGAAUGUUUACAUUAAAUUCCGAAGAGAAGAAGAUGCAGAAAGGGCUGUAAAUGAUUUGAAUAAUAGAUGGUUUGGUGGAAGACCAGUUUAUGCAGAACUUUCUCCAGUCACUGAUUUUAGAGAAGCCUGCUGUCGUCAAUAUGAAAUGGGAGAAUGCACACGUUCAGGAUUUUGUAAUUUCAUGCAUUUGAAACCUAUUUCACGAGAAUUACGACGUUAUUUAUAUAGCAGAAAAAAGGGUGGUAAAGGGCGAUCGAGAUCACGAUCGCGAUCCCGUGGCCGUGAUCGUAAGCGAAGAUCACGAUCUCGUGACAGAAGAUCCAGAUCCAAAGAUCGCCGAAAAGGUAGAGAUGAUAAAGGUAGAGAUGGACGGUCUGGAAGGUAUUAAUUAUGUUAUUUUUCAAUUGUAAUAAUCCUUGAUAAUAAAAUGAUUCAAAUUUA